AUUGCUAGUGAUCCCUGACUUUUGAAAUUAAUCGUUCAUAAGUUAAUCGAAUACUUUUCAGCAGUUUGUUAUUCGAUACGAUUAAUCACCCCAAUUAAUCGAUUAAUCGUACCAUUGAGAAAAAUAAUUAGUUGGACUAAUACUUGUUAUUCGCUAGAAAUCCAUAUGGAAUCAUUUGCUAGAAAUCCAUCUGAAAUAAACUCGUAAACGAAGCUCAAUUCGCGUUUACGGUAUUGAGUUUCGUUUACGAAUUUAGGGGAGCGUCAAAGAUAAUGAUUGAUUUUCAGGAUAAAACUGCAGCGGCCAUGUUUUUUUUCUCAUAGUUUGGAUCGAUUAAUCGACGUAAAUUGUUCGUUCGCUUUGAUUAUUGCUUGUGCAGUAUUCGUUCGAUUAAUCGAAUGAUUAUCGGGGAUCACUAAACAUUGCUGUUUACUGUUCUCGCCGUAGAAAAAAAACAGUUCUCAGUAGUUCAACAUGCGGCGAAAAGUGAUUUUGAUUCUGUUUUCAAUAGCUUACUUUGUUUGUAAAACGAAUGCGUUUUUGGAUCCUAUUUCGUUAACGACUUUGGCGGCAGGAGCCAUUGGUUGGAUGAAGUAUGAUUUCUUGAAACAAAACACUUACUGUCGAUGGAAUGAAUGUUGCUCCGCUCCGUAUCUGAAAAACAAUAUUCCUGAACUAAAUGUACUGCUCGAAAAAAACUUGUUCGGUCAACACAUAGUACAGCAAACAUUGGUCAAAGCAAUAGGUGCUUACAUACAAAACAUUGAUUCAUCUAGGAAACCAUUAACGAUAAGCUUCCACGGUACCUCUGGAACAGGCAAAAACUACGUUUCGGAUUUUUUGGCAGCGUCUCUAUAUGAAAAAUCAUACAACAGUAAAUAUGUGCAUAAAUUUACAGCAGGCCAGCUGGCUACCGUAACUCAGGGUGAACUUGUCCGUACGAUUAGAAAUGCUAUUGGCGAUUGUCCGAAUUCUUUGUUCAUAUUCGACGAGAUUGAGAAAAUGCCACCUGGAAUAUUUGAUUCCAUAGUUCAUCUGUUGGAUCAUCAUACAACGCAAAGGGGAUUUGACUUCUCAAAGGCUAUAUUUAUUUUUCUUUCGAACAGUGCAGGGGUCGAGAUUUCCAAGAAGCUGAAAACUAUCAUUGAGUCAGGUCGCUGGCGUGACGAGACAACAUUACAUGAUUUUGAGCGUAUAGCAGAACUUGGAGCAUACAAUGUUAUCGGUGGAUUAUAUCGUAGCCGUAUGAUAGAGUCACACGUGAUCGAUCAUUUUGUACCCUUUUUGCCCCUGGAGCUACGCCAUGUUGAAAAAUGUAUCAAGAAAGAAUUCGAUAAAUUCUGCCGCUACAAAGCAACAGAUGAAAAAAUUAGCGAGGUUGUAAGAUCCGCAGUUACUUUUGAUGAGACCGGUAUAUUCACAAGUAAUGGUUGCAAACGGGUGCGUAGGAAGGUGGAGGCGCUUUGCUUUGCAUAGUAUUACUAUAAGCAACUUAAAUAAAAGUUCAUUGGAUUGACAUUUA